AUCCACCGGUUGUCCACUGCUCAGCACCCAUUAUUUUACACCUUUGUGGACCAUCCACGUGUCUUCCCUCCACUCUCCUCCUCUGUCACCCUACCACCACCCACAGUCCAUCCAGGCCGGGACAUGAGAGGUCUUCAACAGGUGAGCAAACUAGGUUCAGCCUCAGGCUCCCAGCAGAGAAAGGGACAGCCCAGAAGUUGCUUCCUGCCCCACCGCCCCGCAUGUCACUGGGCAGGUCCAAAGGCCCCGGAGGGUGGGUGUGGAGAGGCCGGGUCUGAGGUGAAUGUGUAACCGACCCGGCGCCCCACCCGCCCCGCCGGCUCACGUGGGCACCAGGGUAAAGUCCCUGGCGGAGUGGGAGUGGGAGCGGCGCGAUGGGCGCGCAGGCCGGGCUGCUGCUGUGGCUGCAGCUGUGCGCGCUGACCCGGGCCGCCUACAAAGUCUGGGUCCCCAGCACCGACUUCGAGGCCGCCGCCAACUGGAGCCAGAACCGGACGCCGUGCGCGGGCGGCGCAGUCGCCUUCCCGGCGGACAAGCUGGUGUCGGUCCUGGUGCGAGGCAGUCACGCCGUCUCGGACGUGCUCCUGCCGCUGGAUGGCGAGCUCGUCCUGGCCUCGGGAGCGGGAUUCAGCGCCUCGGACGCGGGCUCACACCCGGACUGCAGUGCAGGCGCCCCCGCGCUCUUCCGCGACCCGGACCGCUUCUCUUGGCAUGACCCGCACCUGUGGCGCUCUGGGGACGAGGCGCGAGGCCUCUUCUUGGUGGACGCCGACCGCGUGCCAUGCCGCCACGACGACGUCGUGUUCCCGCCCAACGCCUCCUUCCGCGCCGGGCUCGCGGGCGCCGUGCGCGUGCGCAGCGUGUCGGCUCUGGGCCGGACGUUCACGCGCGCCGAGGACCUGGCCGCCUUCCUGGCGUCCCGCGCGGGCCGCCUGCGCUUCCACGGGCCGGGCGCGCUGAGCGUGGGCGCCGAGGCCUGCGCCGACCCGUCGGGCUGCGUCUGCGGCAACGCUGAGGCCCAGCCGUGGAUCUGCGCGGCCCUACUGCAGCCCCUGGGCGGCCGCUGUCCCCCGGCGGCCUGCCGCGACGCCCUCCGGCCUGAGGGGCAGUGCUGCGACCUCUGCGGAGCCAUCGUGUCGCUGACCCACGGCCCAGCGUUUGACCUGGAGCGGUACCGGGCACGGCUGCUGGACACCUUUCUGGCUUCGCCUCAGUACCAGGGGCUGCAAGUGGCCGUGUCCAAGGUGCCGCGCUCGCCGCAGCUCCGCGGGGCCGACGCGGAGAUCCAGGUGGUGCUGGCGGAGACCAGGCCCGAGACGGGCGGCGCGGCGCGGCUGGCGCGGGCCCUCCUGGCGGACGUCGCGGAGCACGGCGAGGCCCUCGGGGUCCUGGCGGCCGCCGUGCGGGAGUCGGGCGCGCCUGUCGGGGGCGGCUCCGCGGCGGGGCUGGACGGGCCCGGACCGGGCGCGGGGCUCGUGGGCGGCGCAGUGGCGGCCGCGCUGCUGCUGGCGCUGCUGGCGCUGCUGGCGGCGGGGCUGCUGGUGCGCCGCGCGGGGCGGCUCAGGUGGAGCUGGCGCCUGCAGGCAGCCCCCGCGCCGGCCGGGGCGCCCCUGGGCUUCCCCAACCCCGUUUUCAACGCUGCGCCCUCGGAGGAGCGGGCCCCCGGGGGGCCGCCCAGUCCGGCCCCGAAGGCGGACGCCCCUGGCACCAGCCACAGCUACUUCAUCAACCCACUGUUUGCUGGGCCCGAGGCUGAGGCCUGAGCCGUUGCCAGUUCCCGCCUCGCGCGACCUGCCGGCUCCCCCUCUCCGUCCGCCACCCAGCCACCUCCCCCUCUCUGGCCGCCACCCCAGCCAC